AUGUCCAAGAAACGUAGCAGAAGACAAGCAAAGGAGAACUUGAAUAACGAUUAUGAACUGGAUACAUAUGGGCUAGCAGAUGGAGAUGACAAGUCACGGCCUUAUUACAUGGUGGAAGACUUGCCAAGUUCUAUAGAGGUUCCACGAUAUGAUACGUUGAAUUACCCAUUAUCAGUAAAAGAUUCUGCUGUACUUUAUACGUCUUUGCUCAGCAGCAGGAGAACAUGGGUGAAGGGAGAAAUGUUUCAACUUUACUGGGCAAAACAAUAUAUGAAUAUAAAGGAACGGGAAGAGUUGAAAAAGGAAGGGAUCGAUCCUGAUUCUAUUGAUCAAUCUGCUGCUAGAGAGAGAAUGAACAAGCUAUGUGAUUGUAUGAUGCAGGGCGGUCCUCACCAGUUUCCUAUUCGACUCUUCAUCUUAAAAAAUGAUGAGGUAGAAAAGGCGUGGGUCGAGGCCAAGGAGGCUAAGAAGAGGGAUAGAGAAGUGCGAAAGAAACAACAAGAAGAGGAAAAGAGACUUAAGAAAGAACGUAAACUCCUUAGGAAAAAACUGAAACAAGAAGCUCUGGAAAGGGAAAAGGAAAAGAAUAAGAAUAAAGAAAAAGUUAAAAAGCCCAGGAAACCAUACAAGAAGAGCGCUAAGAGAUUAGAGGCAGAGAAAAAUGCGAAGAAGAACGAAUCCGCUAAACAAACCCCAAUAACUACCCCAAAACCAACGAAACCAAGUACCACAUCUGCAGAAGGAUCGGCUGCUAAAAAAAAAAAAAUGAAAGCGGUGGUGAGACCUAAACCUUACGAGGAGCAAGUAAUGAUUUUAAAUUUGAAUAAGAUGGCACGAAAUGAUAAACAAUUGAACGAUUUGAUGAUAAAGGUUGCAGGAGGCCAUGCAAGUCUGGCGGAAAUAACAUUAUUCAAGAAGUAUAUUGAAAAAGCCAAAGCGAUGCCUCCGCCUAGCGGUACUUGGAAACCAAUGCUGGAAGAAGUAGAUGUAACCGAUGAUGAAGACUCUGAUGAAGAACAGAAAAAAGACACCGGAGAUCCAGAGAAAUGUGAUACUGUUGAGGAACAGACAACUGAAAGCAAGGAGGAACAAAAGAUUGAAAAGUCAGAGGAGCAGAUAACUACAAGCAAGGAGGAACAAAAGAUUGAAAACCCAGAGGAGCAGAAAAAUGAAAGCAAAGCGGAACAAAAGAUUGAAAACUCAGAGGAGCAGACAACUGAAAGCAAGGAGGAACAAAAAGUUGAUAAAAUAGAAGAACAAAAACCUUAUGAAGAUACGAAGAGUAAAGAUGCUAAUGAUGGGGAACCAGAAGUUUCUCAGGAAAAACAACAGGAUUCUUCUAACAGUGAAAACAACCAAUCGAGAGAUGUUCCAAGUACCGGUGAGGAAAGGGUGUCUGAUGACAAAGAGAUUGAGAAGGAGAGUCGUUCACCCUCCUUAAGCAGUAACCAAGAAGACAGUGCCAAAACAGUAAGCUCUACUGAGAAUGAUAAUAAAUCUACUAAAAGUGAUAGUGAUAGUGAUAGUGACAGUGAUAGUAGUAGCGACAGCGACAGUAGUAGCGAUAAUGAUGAAAAAGAGGAUGACGAAAAAGCUUCCCAUGAAAGCAAAAUGGAAGGUGUCCAGGAGAAUAAAGUUAACAAUGAGCAGAAUGAAGGUAAUAAAACUGUAUCUUCUGAAACUAGUAACAAUUCAUCGCAAACAUCCAAACCGGAGGGUGAAACCGAUGCACCACGACCAAAACGCAAAUACAGAAAGAGGACAAAGGUGAAAACAGAAGAAGAGGAAGAGGAAGAAAAAGCUAUGCAAUUAACGACAUUUCAACAAAAAUACUCUAACGGUGCAGAUAUAGUAUUUGAAUAUGUUGAAAAUGCUAAUGUACGUUUCUUAUUACCAAAGUACUCCAUUCUAGAACAACUGGAAGAUGAAGAAAGCUACCUUUUAUCCUUUAUUGUUAUCCACAAUCGUAGGGAGGUUUCGUUGUUUAAGACUCGUAAACUAAAAGAAUUGAAUAAAAAAAAAAGCGGAGAGGAUAUUAUAAAGCCAGAAGAUUACAAUCCUUUUGAUGAUGCUAGAUGUCCGGAUCCUCUAUUCUCUCCAAUCACUCUUAAGUUAACAGGAAUCCCAAAGAAAUUUUCAAAUAUUAUAUUGAAUAGUUUCCAUCCACAAGAGAAAGUUCAGCAGUAUAUGAAAAGUAUUCUUGACCGUGGAAGCAGAUUAAGUGGUUAUAAUUUAUGGUACCAACUAGACGCAUAUGAUGAUAAAGAUCUAGCGGAAAGCUUACGUGUGAACUUGAGAGACUAUGAACAAAACUUCAAAAGUAAAAGACAAAAGAAGCAAAUUCUAUAA